AAAUAAAAUCGCUGGAAAUAUUGCCAAUUUUAAAAUCCAUUUUCAUAUCUGCACAGAAGGUGUUCGAUUAAAUUCCGCUGAGAGCAUCAUCAGUGUCUUUAACAUUCGUUGGGAGUCUUUCUACUUUCGAUGCUUCUCGAAUGGUAUCUCGUAUGUCUGCUUUAACAUCUCUUUCUUCAGUUCAGUUUCCAGUCUCCGACAUUCUCGGAACUCGUCUGAAACCUUGUGCCACCUUUCCAGUUCGAACAGCAACAAAUAUGUCCGUGAAACUGUUUGUGAUUGAAGCAAGAAACAACUCUCGAGUCGAGAGCCCCAAAACCAGGAACCGGAGGAGCAGGAAGAAGUUCAAUGGAACACAAACGAAACCGAGACUUUCGGUGUUCUGUUCAGACAAGCAACUCUAUGCUAUGUUGGUGGACGACUUUAACAAGAAGUGUUUGUUCUACGCUAGUACAUUGCAGAAGUCUAUUCGUGGUGAUCCUCCAUGUACCGUCCUUGAAGCAGCGAAACGAGUUGGAGAGGAGCUCAUCAAGGCUUCUAUAGACCUCAAGAUCAGCGAGAUAUCAUCAUAUGAUCGAAAUGGAAAUGCUCGAGGCGAAAGAAUGCAAGCCUUUGAAAUUGCAAUUGCUCAACACGGAUUCUUACCAUAAUAGUAGGGUUCUUAGCUCUUAAUUCAUUAUAGUUUAUAGCGAAGCUUCUUACAUUCACUCUCUUAUUGAAAACACAAUACAAUCUUCACUCUCUCUUGUUUACUAGGUAGUUUAAACAGAAGAGAUCACACUUAGAGUCUCACCAAGAGAAUCUUUCUGUGGGAACUUUGGAAACUUGAUCUUGGAAGCACAUGAUUUAUCCGGAACAUACGGGCACUCCACAAACUCUUUUGCGUAGUUAUCAAGACAUAGGUAGAUCUGGAAAAGCUGCUUUGUUCCCUUUACAUCUUCGUUGCAUUCAAUACCGGGUGCAAACCCGAUCUUGCGCUUGAUCGCGUUCUUGAUCUCAUCUAAACCGUAUAACCCACCAUCCGGUUUAAUUCCUACACAAAAAAAAAAACAAAACAAUGAUCAAUCUACAGAACUUUUGUUUAAGAAUGUUGAAUAUACCUUUUUGUUUAAGGAUGUUGAGGAAAUUGAGCU